AAGAAAAGCCCCCCCCUCCCUCUCCGCAAGCAAGGCAUCUUCCUGUCUCCGAGAGGAAGAGGUACAAAAACCCUAGAAAAUUUUCUCGUUUCUCCUCUCGUUCUUCUUCUUCUCGAAACCUACAAAAACCCUAGAAAAUUUUCUCGAGAAAGUUUUUGCAGCACAUAUUUUCUCGAGAAAGUUUCGUAUAUAUGGAGCUGGCUUCUGCGACGCCAAGCAGAUCUUGUUGUUUCCCAGUAAGAUUGCCGACAACUACUUCAAGCUCUUUUAUCGGUUUUUCAAGUCGAAGGCCACAAACUUUCGCUUCUAAAUUUGAAGGUUAUUACUUGCUAAGUAAUCCGGUUAGGGUGCGGCGGUCUUCUCUCACAGCUAUAGUUGGUGAUACAACUGCAGUACCAAAUGUGUCAUCUUUUGAGGAAUCUGAUCCCUCAUCCAAUCAUGGAGUGCUGACAAAAAAUAGUGACGAGAGUGACGGAAAUGACGAUAUUGAGGCUUUGGAUGACCAAAAAAUGACUCGAAUUUGUGACAAGCUAAUUGAUGUUUUUAUGGUUGACAAGCCCAAUACAACAGACUGGAGAAGGUUAAUAGCUUUUAGCAAGGAGUGGGACAAUAUCCGACCUCACUUCUACAAGCGUUGUCAGGACCGAGCAGAUAGUGAGGAUGAUCCUGGGAUGAAACACAAGCUAUUGCGGCUUGGAAGGAAGCUGAAAGAGGUUGAUGAUGAUGUCCAAAGACAUAAUGAACUCCUUGAAGUGAUCAAGGGGGCACCAUCUGAGAUUGGUGAAAUUGUUGCCAGGCAUCGUAAAGAUUUUACAAAAGAAUUCUUUAUGCAUCUUCACACUGUAGCAGAAUCUUAUUAUGACAAUCCAACGGAGCAAAAUGCUGCUGCUAAGCUUGGAAACAUGUGCCUGGCUGCUGUACAAGCUUAUGAUGCUGCAUCCGAAAGUAUUGAAGCACUGAAUGCUGCAGAGUUGAAAUUUCAAGACAUAGUCAAUUCUCCUUCUGUAGAUGCUGCUUGCCGGAAGAUAGACAAUUUGGCUGAGAAAAAUCAACUUGAUUCGGCAUUGGUGCUCAUGAUCACAAAAGCUUGGUCAGCCGCCAAGGAGUCAAACAUGAUGAAAGAUGAGGUAAAAGAUAUAUUAUAUCAUUUGUACACGACAGCACGAGGUAACCUUCAGAGACUUAUGCCAAAAGAGAUUAGGAUAGUUAAAUAUCUUCUCACAAUUGAGGAUCCCGAGGAGCAAUUGUGUGCCCUAAAGGAUGCAUUCACCCCUGGAGAAGAACUUGAAGGGAAGGAUGUAGACUGCCUAUACACGACACCUGAGAAGCUGCAUACCUGGAUUAAAGCCGUAGUAGAUGCAUAUCAUUUCAGCAGAGAAGGCACUCUUAUAAAGGAAGCUAGGGAUUUGAUGAACCCAAUGAUCAUAAAAAGACUCGAAGAGUUGAAGAAGCUAGUCCAAGAGAAAUUCAUGUAACUUUUAGCAACAGAAGAAGCUAGUCCAAGACAAAUUCAUGUAACUUUAAGCCAUACUCCGUAAGAGCUUUCCUUCUGUUCCUUGAUCAGAAAAUCCUCAACCUUGAUUUGGGUUUCUUCAAGUUCCUAGUUUAAAGGUCAACUCCAAUGAAGUUGCACAUGUUCAGUUUACCUUUGCUGGAAAUACUGCAUACUGAGAUACAAUAGCAUGAUAAUUUUAGUUUUUUUUUUUACUGUAUCUAUUGGGAGGUUUAUGUUUUGUUUUAAUGUGUAUUGGGGCUUUUUGUUGGGUCAGUGGACCCUGAUUUUUAGCAAAUUCAGAUUUUUGAUUCAAUUUCUUUUGAACUUGAAAGUUUCGAAAGCUGAAUAAAAUCUUGAAUAAUUUAUAUA